AUGGUCCCGACCGCCCUCGGGCGCGGCGGCCCGGCCGCCGCGCGGGAGGUGGCCGACCGGCUCUCCCUGUGGGGCUGGCUGCUCGGCGUGGCGCUGUGCAUCUGCCAGCUCCUCACGCUGCCCCUCGUGCCGCUGAUGACGCCCGUCAAGGCGGUGCAGGAGGCGACCCGCCUGCCGUCCCUCAUCGCCGCGCUGCUCCAGAUCGUCACGGGGGCCGUGAUGGCUGGCGAGGGCACGCUGCAGGGCCUCCGCGCCUACAGGUGGCUCGCCUGCAGCGCGUCCCUGGGGUGCCUGCUAAUGCUGUGCAUCCUGGCCUUGACCCGGGACCUCGGCGUCGCGGGGGUGUGGAUCGGCUUCUUUGCCUUCAACCUGGUGCGCCUGCUCUUCUCCGCGAGCCACCGGCUCAGGUUCGGCCCGCUGGCGCGCCGCGGCGUGGGCCCGCUGGCGCGCCUACCGGAGGACACGGUGUGA